UUCACUCAAUAUUACAAUAACCUAGAACAAACGCAAAAAAUUCAAUAAACGUAAAGAUCACCAUGGCUAAACCUGUUGAUUUAGAGCUAAAAAAAGCAUUUGUUGAAUUACAAGUUAAAAUGGUUGAAACUAGCAAGAAAAUACAGGUGAUAGACUCCCAAAUUAGUGUUUUGAACCGCAUCUUGCAGCACGUAGAUAUAACUCAACGUGAAAUUAGUACCAUGCCUCCUGAUACGAAGACCUAUGAAUCCGUGGGCCGAAUGUUCUUACUUACUGACUUUGAAGAAGUUAAAGCGAAUUUGAAAAAUCGAGAGGCGCAAGUAAAAACGCGUACUAAAGAAUUGGAGAACAAUAAACAGUACCUGGAAAAAAACUUGAAAGAAAGUGAAGACAAUAUCAGGGAAAUGGUACAACAGAGAAAGGAACAGAGUGAAAUAAAAUCUUAACGUUUUUUUUUGUACUGUGGCUUUGUAUUAUAAAGCCCACAAAAAGCAUCUCAUUAAUUUAUUUCACGAGGUUAAAGAAAU